AGGGAAAGGGGAAGGGAAACGAAGGCAAAAGAAAAGGAGACGAGGGCACGGCCGCACACACACGCGUACAGGGCUCCUCUUUGCUCGCUGCCUGCACUUAUGCCUGGUGGAGCUCGGUCCCAGCCCUCCCGCCAGCACUGCCCCGGAGAAGCCGCCGCUCAGCCCCUCACCGUGGCCUCGGGGCUCGGCACCCCCCCCCGGCGCUGCCACCACCACCACUACCACCAGGAAGGGUCCCCACGGAGCUGCCGCCGCGCAUGGAGCAAGGGCAGAGCAUGGCCCCAGCCCUCCCGCUGCCGCUGCUGCUGCUCUGGGUGUUUGCCCCCACCGUGGUCCCGGAGGUGUUUGGCACCGGGGAUGGCGCAGAGGACCUCAAGGCCCUGCAGGUCUCCAUCCCACGGCACCCAGCCCUGGAUGCUGUCCUGGCGGGCGACAUCACCAUCCCCUGCCUCAUCACCUACCUCGGCCCCCAGCCCACCAGCAGCAGCGGCGGGCGCCGCGCGGUGCUGGGUACCCCUCGGGUCAAGUGGACCUUCAUCUCCGAGGGCCGGGAGGUGGAGAUCCUGGUAGCGCGUGGGGACCGGGUGAAGGUGAGCGAGGAUUACCGGCUCCGCGCCUCCCUGCCCAUCUUCCACCAGCGCUACACCAACGCCUCCCUGCUGCUCACCGAGCUGCGGCCCAACGACUCGGGCAUCUACCGCUGCGAUGUGCAGCACGGCAUCGAGGACGGCCACGACAUCCUCGACCUCAGAGUCAAAGGGGUGGUGUUUCACUACCGGGAGGGCUCCAUGCGUUAUGCCUACACCUUCGCCGAGGCAAGGGAAGCCUGUGCCAAGAUCGGGGCCCACAUCGCCACCCCCGAGCAGCUCUAUGCUGCCUACCUCGGCGGCUACGAGCAGUGUGAUGCCGGCUGGAUCUCGGACCAGACCGUCAGGUAUCCCAUCCACACCCCCCGUGAAGCCUGUUAUGGAGACAUGAACGGCUUCCCCGGGGUGAGGAACUAUGGGGUGGUGGACCCAGAGGACAUGUAUGAUGUGUACUGCUACGCUGAGGACCUCCCAGGGGAGAUCUUUCUGGAGACGGCCCCGGCGCGGUUCACGCUGCGGGAGGCGGAUGCGCGGUGCCGGGCGCGGGGCGCGGAGCUCGCCAGCCCCGGGCAGCUCUAUGCGGCGUGGAGCGCGGGGCUGGACGCCUGCAACCCGGGGUGGUUGGCGGACGGCAGCGUCCGGUACCCGAUCGUCACCCCCCGGGAGCGCUGCGGGGGGGCCCUGCCUGGAGUCAAAACCAUCUUCCAGUUCCGCAACCAGACGGGCUUCCCCGAUGCCCAGAGCAGAUACGAUGCCUAUUGCUUCCGAGAAGGGACAAACUCUUUCCCUGAGGCUCCAGGAAGCUCCGAGGGCCUCCAGGAGAUUGUUACAGUGGCAGAAAAGCUGGAGGAGCUGCAGCUUCCCAAAGCGCAAGUGGAGAUUGAGUCGCGAGGGGCUAUUUACGCCGUCCCUUUCUUUAUGGACGAUGAUCUGGGGCAGCCGAGCCCGGCCCCCGAAGACGCCCCAGGGACAGGGGCCCGGCACCCCCCAAUAGAUACCUCCAUGUCCUCAGAGGAGGAGCAGGGAGCAGCCCCUGGCAGCACGCUUGAAGGGCGAGAUCCCAGCCAGCCCAUGGAGCACGAUGGAGCCACCGGCGUGCAGAUGCUCUCCGUUUCCCCGCGGGUGGGCGCAGAGGGACCCACUGGUGCCCCGCCCGUGCUGGGGGCUGCAGAAGAGAGGGGAGAGCACGGCGGGACCCCCCCCGGCGGGGGGAGCACCCUCGGCCCUGCUGCUGAAGACGCGGAGCUCUCGGGGGACGUGGUGGAGAGCCCCGGGGCGUCCCCGCUGCCCGCGGCCCCCGUGCGGCCGCAGGAGGAGGGAGAGGAGCCGUCGGGGGCCCUGUGGCUCCCAUCGCCCGUGGCCCCGGGGCACGGGGGCACCGUCCCCGCGGCGGAGGUGACCGUGGUCACCCCGUGGCACACGGAGGUGCCUGGCGGCGGCGGCAGCAGCACCGCGGCCAUGGGAGGCGAGGAGGCUGCGCCGGGCACUGAGCAUGGGACGCCUGCAGCAUCUUCGGAGGAGGAGGAGGAGGAGGAGGAAGAGGAGGAGGAGGAGCCGCCCGCUCCCCCCGCUGCAACCGUGGAGGGUUUCCUUGCAGCCGUGCCCGGAGAACCAGGUGGCUGCAUCCCCAACCCCUGCCUGAACGGAGGGACCUGCACGGAGGACGAUGGCCCCGUCUCCUGCCUCUGCCUGCCUGGCUACGGAGGCACCAGCUGCGAAAGACCACUGAGGCAGUGCAGCCCUGGCUGGGACAGCUUCCAAGGAGCCUGCUACAAGCACUUCUCCACCCGGAGGAGCUGGGAGGACGCGGAGGGACAGUGCAGGCAUUACGGGGGACACUUGGCCACCAUCCUGACCCCUGAGGAGCAGGACUUCAUCAACGACCAGUACAGAGAAUACCAGUGGAUCGGCUUGAAUGACCGGACCAUAGAGGGGGAUUUCCAGUGGUCCGACGGGAGCCCCUUGCUCUAUGAGAACUGGCAUCACGGGCAGCCCGACAGCUACUUCCUCAGUGGGGAGAACUGCGUGGUCAUCGUGUGGCACGACGGGGGCCAGUGGAGCGACGUGCCCUGCAACUACCACCUCUCCUACACCUGCAAAAUGGGGCUGGUGCAGUGCGGGCCGCCCCCCGCCAUCAGCAACGCCCGUGCCUUCGGCAAACCAAAGCAGCGCUACGAGAUCGGCUCCACGGCGCGGUACCGCUGCCGCCCCGGCUUCCUGCCGCGCCGCUCGCCCCUGCUCCGGUGCCGGGAGGACGGGACAUGGGACCCGCCGCAGCUCCUCUGCCGGCCCGGCCUGGCUCAGCCCCGCGAUGACUGAGAGGGACCCCAGGGAUGAAGCCGCCACCUCGCGGGGCCCUGGCACUGGUGCGGAUGGGGAUGGCGCUGGGACAGCGGCGCGGAGCCCGCGUGGCACAAACGGGGUUCCCCUGCUCCUUGGUUUUGUAUCUGUACAAAGAAACCCCCAUA